UUUAGUAGUGUACUGCGAAAUUCAAUUAAAAAAAAAACAAUUCGAGUAAACACGAUACACCGGGGGGAUGAUGCUACAGCUUCUCCGAGAAGGUUCUUCGAGACUCUAAUCAAAGUUCCGUUCCGUAAAACCCUAGGCGAUUGGGAGGUAUGGGGAGAGGAAAUCAGAUGGUUGAGGAAGAAGAAGAAGAAGAAUCGUAUAACUUGAGGUCAUCGCGGUCUAGUGCCAAGUCGAAAUCGAGGUCCUCGGGUGGUGGUUGCAGAACGAAUCCUAGAGCCUCCAAGAAAGCUCGACUCUCGAGUCACGUAGACAAGAUCAGAUUAUCGUUCGAAGAUUUCGACGAAGCUUUGAGCGGCUUCAAGGCAUCAUCAUCAUCUCCUAGCUAUGAAAGGAUCAAGAAGAAGGCUGGUUUGUGGGUUGACAAAUACAAGCCUCGCACAUUAGAAGAGCUUUCUGUUCACAACAAGAAGGUUGAACAAGUUAAACUUUGGUUUGAGGAAUAUUUGGAUUGCUCCAAGGAUGGUGGUGUUAGGAAUAAUGUUCUACUACUCACCGGUCAAGCUGGAGUCGGCAAAUCCGCUACUGUUCAUUUGGUUGCUUCUAUCCUUGGCGUCACUGUGUAUGAGUGGAACGCUCCUAUUCCUACUCUCUGGCAAGAACAUGUUCAUAACUCAAGUUCUGGACUGAAGUACUCUUCGAAGCUGGAUGAGUUUGAAAACUUCGUUGACACUAGUAGAAAAUACGGAGUGAUUUCUGGGGGAACAAAACCGCAGCGCCUUGUUCUUUUGAUUGAUGACCUUCCUCUAGCCAAUGGGAGGCAUGCUUUUGAACGGCUGCAAAACUGCUUAACGCUCUUGGUGAAAUCAACGCAGAUUCCGACAGUGGUAUUGAUCACGGACUAUGUUAAAGCAGACUCUUCUGACCAGACUGCUCGGACUAUGGAGGACCUUCAGUCAUCUCUUGAACGAGCAGGGGCUUUAAAGGUGGCUUUUAAUCCCAUUACGAAGAACUCAAUUAAGAAGACACUUCAGAGGAUAAGCAGAGAAGAGCAUUGUAAGGUAACGACUGCGGAGGUUGAUCAGAUGGCGAGUGCCAGUGGAGGAGACAUCAGACACGCUAUUACGUCUUUGCAACUCUUCUCUGUUAAGCCACAACUCAAUCAUACAGUGCACAGUGGUUUGGAUAGUGGAAUAUCUUCCUGUUUCGGUAGAGAUGAGACACUUUCCUUGUUUCACGCCCUGGGAAAAUUUCUCCACAACAAAAGAGAGACUCCUGAUAAUGUUAUUAUAUCAGAUUGCAGUGACUAUCUUGUGCAUAACGAGUUUGCAAGGUUACCACUGAAGAUGGAUGCGCCAGAGAAGGUUCUUAGCCAAGCUCAUGGACAGGCAGGCCGGGUUGUCGAUUUUCUUCAUGAAAAUGUGUUAGAUUUCGUGAGUGACGAAGCCAUAGAAGAUGCAUGGUGCGUGUCUUCGUAUUUAGCGGAUGCUGAUCUCCUUCUCGCAGCUUUAAGAGGAAAAAUGAGUGUACAUAACAACAAAACAGAGGACGUUCUACAAUCUCUCGGUGCCUCAGUGGCUGUUCGCGGUGUGUUGUAUGGAAACAAGCAGCCAUGGUCAUCCAGAUGGCACGUGAUUCGCAAGCCAAAACUCUGGCAAGUGGAACAAUCCUCAAUACAAACCAAGAAGAAUCUGAGAGAGCAGAGGAACAUAGGAUAUGAGGGGUCAAGAAUGGCAGAUAUGUCGGUGAUGGCUACAGAGUACAGCCCUGCGCUGAAAUGGCUAAGCUACAGGGCGUCUGCAGAUGUGUUUUCAGAAAUGGAGGAAGAGACGGAUGAAGAUAAGAGUGAAGUUUCUGAAGAUGAUGAAAUACAAGACUGGUGACAUUUGCCAUAUCAAGGAAAUUGUUCUCUGCUUACUUCUAAAUAGGAAAUUGACAGCAACGUUUAUCCUCGGUUUAACAGUUUAGUUUUGACAAACUAAUUCGAUUUGACUUAAGAUCAGUAAGUCAUCGCUUUAUGCGCCUUGAUGCUUAGUAAGAAGAAAGAAUUUGCUCAAUAUACACAAUGGAGAUCAAACUGGGUUUA